CAGGAUCUGCUACCAGGGGAGCAGAGGCCAUAUUGUCAGAAGUCCGUCCAAGUCUCGGGAGGCACCUUUUCGUUCACUCGUGCGGGAUUCUCGGGAGUUGCGGGAUCACACCGUUUGGUCGCGUGAACAUGAUCUCGAGCAGCUGUGUGGUCGCAGUGCGGAGAGGAUGGACGCAGACCCUCAGGAGACUUCCUCCCGUCCUGGUUCCGUGCUGCCUGCAGUCCACACAACCUGUGGCUGCAGCCCGGCUGCCCUACAGAGUGAAGCUGUCUGCUGGGAAACGCUACGCCUGGUGUGCUUGUGGGCACAGUAAGAAACAGCCUUUCUGUGACGGAACUCACUUGUCAAAAGCUCCAACUAUCCAUCCUCUGCGCUUCACCCCUGACAAAGACAAGGCUGUCAUGCUGUGUGCCUGCAAACAAACCAAGGGCGCACCGUACUGCGACGGCUCACACUUCAAGGUCAUCUUCCAGGAUUUAGUGAAGUCGAUAAAAGGCGUCUUUAAAUGAAGAGCAUGAAAAGCGUCUAACCUUGGAGGUUAAGGUGCAGUAAACGGAAGUGAAACGUUGUGAUGUUUUUCAUACUUUUCAAAAUUUGAUUUUCUUUGUAGGAAUUACAUUGCUUUUUUGAUGAUAAGAUUUCAACAGAAUAUCGUAUACCCAUUAAAACAUGCAUGAAAAUAAAGUGUUGAGAAGAUGAAACACUCAAAACAACCUAUUUCUGCAGUAUGGAACAUUAUCAUACAGCCGAAUAACUGGAGCCAGGGCAGAUGUUUGCAUAAGUUCUAUUAAACAUGUCUUUUAUAUC